AACUACAUACGAUACAAAUCGGCUGCUUGGGUUUAGCUUACAGCCUGCUCACUCUCUCUUACUCUUUUUUUAUCUUUCCUCAUUUCUCUCUAUCUUUCUUUCUCUCUCUCGAGAUUCUCGAUCAACCGCGCUGCUUGCCGGUUAGCUUGUCUACAGUUUGCUGUUUGCUGCUCGAUGCCCGAUGCCCGAUGCCCGAUGCCCGAUGCCCGAUGCCCGAUGCCCGAUGCCCGAUGCCUGACCUGUAGUUCAUGGAGAGGAUAAAAAACCAAUUCCUCCUAAACAUCCGUCAUCUUCUGCUCGUUAUCCCCGACGGGACGCGACGCGGCGCGACGCGACGUUUCGACGAUUAGGCCGUCGUCACGUCCAAGAAAGCUGGCAAACGAAAGAUGUUCGUUAGACCGAUGAUCGAGUGAACAACCGAAACAAUAAUUGACCACCACGUGACCAUUAAGAUCGUUCGAACACGAAAGCACGACAGUACGAAAAGCAAAAAUACGCAAAUUCUCUUCCUUUUGAGUCUGCCGCGAUUCCUUAUGUACUGAUGCUGCCAUCUCGCGACUAACGCUUUAACCCUUUUCUUCUAACUUCAUUCCACGCGGCUAUCUAAAUAUUCCAAUUUCUAUUCCUAUUCCUAUUUCACGAAACUGUUGGGUUUAUUUUUCAUCGUUUUGUGACAAAAAACGUUUCGUACCUCUGGCUUCAAGGGUAAAACAUAAACGAAACUAAAACCAAGUAAAAUUAUCGCUUAUGAGCAAUUAUGAGUUGCAAUUAUAAUAAAGUGAAAGAGAAACUGCAGAAACUACAUAAACGAUCCAUGUUAAUUGAUAAUAUUAUGGUAUAUUUAUAAGGUAUUUACAGGUAUACGUAUCGUACAAGAGUGCCGUAAUUGUUGUUACGCAAAGCUCGAGGAAUACAGAAAACGUUGAAAGUUUACGAAAUUCGUAAAAUUGCUGACAAAGAGCGUAAAAAAUGUAAACGACAAACGAUUUUGAGCGUAACUUAACCAAAUGGAAUGAAAGUAACGACUACUCGAAUCAGUCGAUGAAUCGUUAAGGUCUGAAACGAAGGUUAUUCGUUGAUCUAAUCGACGUCGACUCGAUUCGAUUUCAUCCACAAUGUGUAUUCGAUUUUAUAAAUGUGCCACUGUUUUAAUAACGAUAUGGAGUAUUGGUGGCAGUCGAGUGUUUGGCAAGGAGCAACGCUUCCCGCCAGAAAUAUCAGCGAAACUGGACGAAUAUUGGAACUCUUACAAGGUUCGUUACAAUAAAAGCUACUCCGGAAGCGAAGAGAACGACCGAAGGACGACUUGGGAAGAGAAUCUAGUAACGAUCUACAAACACAACAUGAUGGCCGCAGCGGGUCAUCACAGUUACACUUUGAGGGACAAUCACAUGGCCGAUCUUGCUACCAGACAAUAUAUCCGAGAGAUGGUGAAACUGAUGCCUAGUCGUAAGCGUCGGGUGUCGACUAAUGACAUGGUGGGAGCGGUACUGCACGAUCCUCGACGCGUCCCAUUGCAAUUCGACUGGCGCGAUAUAGGCUUUCUUACCCGACCGGAAAAUCAAAGGGACUGCGGAAGCUGCUACGCCUAUUCGAUAGCUGGUAGCAUUCAAGGACAAAUUUUUAAGAAAACCGGCAUGCUGAUCCCAUUGAGCGAACAACAGUUGAUCGAUUGUAGCACAUCCACGGGAAAUUUAGGCUGUUCUGGUGGAUCCCUGAGAAAUACAUUGAGAUAUUUGGAGAAGGCGAAAGGAUUAAUGAGUCAAGCUCAUUAUCCGUAUAAAGGAAAACAAGGUCGAUGCCGUUUUCAAGAGGACUUGAGCGUGGUCAACAUCACCUCGUGGGCUGUCUUACCGGUGCGCGACGAGAAAGCUUUGGAAGCCGCCGUAGCUACUAUAGGUCCGAUAGCUGCUUCGGUAAACGCCAGUCCAAAGACCUUUCAACUCUAUCACAAUGGAGUUUACGACGAUGAAGUAUGUAGCUCGGACAUGGUAAAUCACGCAAUGCUAAUCGUGGGGUAUACUCGGACCGAAUGGAUUUUAAAAAAUUGGUGGGGUGACGGAUGGGGUGAAAACGGUUACAUGCGUCUGGCGAAGAAUAAAAAUCGCUGCGGCAUAGCUAAUUAUGCGGCAUAUGCAAAAGUAAUAUCUACCAAUGCUGUGCCGCGUUUCAUUUUCUCCCUGUUCCUUAUUUUAAACGGUAUCUCAUGGAAGACACGGAAAGAAGAGUGCAUCAUUCUCGAUCGAAGACAAAAAAGGAGUGGAUGGUUAAACGAAAAGACCAGUUCUGCCUUAAAAUGUACGAUGGCGCAAAUAAGGAAACGAACAGAAGAACGUAUUGAUCGAUGGUAUCGGUCUACACAACCUGUUACACAACUAUACAGAAAUCUUUUGGCUAUUCAAGAAAACACCAAGCAAUUCAUUUAUCGAGAGGAGAUGCGUACGCGUGACUGCGUGACACGAGCGAAACUAAAUUUUCGAACAGGCUGGGAAUAAACGGUGACCGAUUACGGCGAACGAGUAGGAACUGGACGAUGAAACGUAUAAUAUGUUAGGAAUAGAAGAUGGAACGGUCGAGAAUGUAGGUGAAAAAGACGAAAAAGAAAAGCAUGUUUGUGGCGCGUGUUUCCAUCGACGAUAUCAGUACGAUUCGUCUUCGUCCAAUCCGCUGUAUCCCCCCGCUUAUAGAGCAAAGUUCAGACUAUACCGAGAACCGAUGCGUGACUAAACCAUCUGAACGAUGUGUCUUCAGUCUUCGUGGAUGAGUUGCUUGGAUAGUCGCUCGGAUAGGCAAAAAGUAUCGCGGUCGGCAUAGAAAAAGGAAGAAAGGCGUAGUAAUUAUUAUAAAAAGUAUCGGGAA